AUGACGACAAGGGUUCUGUACUGGUUUCGUACCGAUCUAAGGUUACACGACUCCCCAGCACUCAAAGCCGCAUUAGAUCUGAACCCAGACGUCUUUUACCCAGUGUGGACCUGGGACCCCCACUAUGUGUAUCACGCUAAAGUCGGGCCGAACCGCUGGCAGUUCCUUCUAGACUGCCAGAGCGCGGUAUCGGAUGGUUUGUCGCAAUUGAACUCAAAAUCCCGUCUCCUUGUCCUUCGCGAGAGCCCUCUGACUAUAUUGCCGAAAUUGUUUAAGGCUUGGAAUAUAUCCCAUCUCGUUUUUGAGAAGGAUACGGAUUCGUAUGCUAGAAAACGAGAUGACGAGGUUUUGGCAAAGGCGAAGGAAGCGGGCGUGCAGUGUAUUGUGAAGUAUGGAAGAACUCUUUGGGAUAGUGAUGAUAUCGUGGGUAUCAAUGGUGGCCCCACCAUGACUACCAUGCAGCUUCAGAAAGCAGGUCAAAAGAUAGGACCACCUCCACGACCAAUACCGGCCCCAAUUUCGAUCCCACCGCCCGGAGACCUAUCGUUAGAGCAUGUUACCCAGGACAAACCAGGACCGCAAUACUUCAAUGCUGACCAGAAUCAGUCAAAUCGCUCAUCUGAAGAUUCAACCUAUCACGCAGGACUCCGUGGCCCGAAGGGUGAUUUUUCCGUCCCGACAAUGGAAGAGCUCAAGAUGACUGCUACGACCCCUCACCGAGGUGGUGAAAAGAUCGCACUAGAGGUUUUAGAAAAUGUAAUAAAGGAUAAAGAAUACACCGCUACCUUUUCGAAACCAGAAACCGCUCCUACGGCUUUUCAGCCGGCGUCAACAUGUCUCCUCUCUCCACAUAUGCAUUUCGGGUCAAUUAGUUGUAGGAAGUUUUAUUGGGACGUCUUGGAAGUCGUCGAGGAAUGGGAGAAAUCCGGCAAAAAGGCCACGGAACCUCCAUGCUCAUUAACCGGUCAGUUAUUCUUCAGAGACAUGUACUUCGCAGCUCAAGCUGGUAUCGGGACGUGCUUCGGCCAAACUCUUCACAAUUCAAAGGUCAGGUAUAUACCCUGGAAUCUCCCCUCCAAGCACCAACCAAAUCCAGACGAUCCAAAAAAAUCCCUAUCGAUCAAAGGCACCUAUCAUGUUGAUAGCGAAGAGGCCGAAGAAUGGUUUAUCAGGUGGCGGGAAGGUCGGACGGGGUUCCCAUGGAUCGAUGCUAUAAUGAUACAAUUAAAAACCGAGGGCUGGAUCCACCACUUGGCAAGACAUGCUGUUGCAUGUUUUCUUACCCGAGGAGGUUGUUACAUCGACUGGGAGCGAGGAGCUGAGGUAUUCGAGGAGUGGUUGCUGGAUCACGAAAUCUCCUGCAACGCAGGAAAUUGGCAAUGGUUAUCAUGUACCGCAUUCUUCUCACAAUAUAUGCGCAUCUACAGUCCCAUAGCCUUCCCACAGAAAACUGACAAGGAGGGCAACUACGUUCGACAUUACAUCCCUCAACUGAAGAACUUUCCUGAAAAGUACAUCUACGAACCAUGGAAGUGUCCUAUACCGGACCAAAGAGCCGCAGGAUGUAUAAUCGGAAAGGACUAUCCAAAGCCAAUGUUUGAUUGGAAGGACAGGAAGGAGAUAUGUAUUCGUGGCAUGAAAGCAGCAUUCGAAGCAGGAUUUCACGGGAGCGAUGUAAAAGUUAUCAAUGGUGAAGCGAGAUCAAUUCUGACAGAGAGGCCUGGAAAUGAUACCAAAAACGACACUAAAAUAACCAGCAAACUUGAGCCUAGUAACCAACAAGGAAAGGCCAAAGCCGAAAGUCGACCUUCCACUUCCAAAUCUAUGAAAUUGCCGGCGAAACGGGGACAGACUACGCUGGAUGAAAUGUUCGCUCGCAAGAAGGUCAAGUCCGAAGACGAAGGUAACAUUUAA